AUGGGAUCAAUCGCAGAGCCCCGGCCUCUCUCCCAUGUCUGCAUCAUCGGCGGCGGCCCAGUCGGCCUGAUCUCCAGUCUCCUCUUCCGCCGUCACGGUCUCCAAGUAACCGUGUUGGAGAAGAACCCCAAACGCGAAGAGGUCGGCGCCGGCAUCCAACUCCACCCCAACGCCCUCCGCGUCCUCCAAUCCGUCAACCUCUUCCCCCGCAUCCUCAAAACAGCCAUCACCCCCCCGCACCUCCUCCUCAAAUCCUACAAAUCCGGCGAAACCCUCUGGGACCAGGAUUUCAUCGCCGAUACCAAGCGUUACGGCGCGCCACUCAUCGCUUUGCAGCGGACUUCGCUGCAGGCGUGUCUCUAUGAGGAGGCGUUGGCCCAGGGUGUGGUGAUUCGCCAUGGGGUUGAGGUGAAGCCGGGGGAUGUGGAUUUGGAGAAUGGGGUUCUUCGGUUAUCCGGGGAAGUGCUGCAGGCGGAUCUGUAUGUUGGUGCUGAUGGCGGCCGGUCAGCGGUGCGCGAGGCGCUGAUCGGUCGUGGCCCACCGCAGCCGAUCCCGCAUGGGCGGGUGGUGAUGCGGAUUCUGAUCACCGAAAAGGAGAUGUUGGCGCGGCCGAGCCUCCGGCAUUACGCUGAAGAUGGAAACAUGGUUGUUUGGCUGGGGCCGGACUGCCAGGUGGUGACGUAUCUGUUGGAUGGGAUUUUCAACGUGGCGUUUACGUGGCCGUGGUCGAAGGACAAGGCGGAUGUGUUUGUGAAGCCACAGCCGGUGGAUAUUGAUGCGUUCCGUAAGGGGUUGGUUGGGUGGCAUCCGGAUUUGUUGGAGAUGCUGAGCCUGACGUCGGGGGUGUUGCAGUGGAUGAUGUUUGAGCCGACUAUUGAUGGAGAGGAGGUGCCGUGGGUGGAUGAGGGCUCCAAGUUUGUGCUGGCUGGUGACUCGGCGCAUCAGUCGCUGCCGUAUCUUGGCCAAGGUCUAGCAAUGGGCUACGAAUCCGCCGCCCUCCUCGCGGCCCUCGUUAGCAAAGCCACCGCCCCCACCCAAGUCCGCGAUGCCCUCGCCAUCUACGAGCGCAAACGCAAAGAGCGUACAUCCCUCAUGAUCCGCGCGACGCUGCGCCAGGGCCGAUUCACUCAAAUGGCUGACGGCCCAUUGCAAGAGGCCCGCGACCGUGAGCUGCGCGAGUCCGCGGGCUUUCCUACCGCGGGCUGUCCGAAUAUGAUGAGUGAUCCGUUUUUUCAGCGGUGGAUGUGGGGGUUUGAUGCGGAGAAGGAGGCGGAUGAGGCGUGGGAGGAGUAUAAGAGGGGCUGUGAGAGGGUGCCGGAGGGGUUUGUGCUGGUUCCUAGGUCGCGGGGGGUGUGA